AUUAAAUCCACACUCGAAUGCUACCCUUUGUUUACACCGAGGGAUUCAAAUUCGGGGGAAGGAAAAUUUACGGAAGGAAGGAGACGAAGAUAAUUGACGAGGAGAAGAAGGAAGGAGGAGAAAGAAGAAGAGGAAGUGUGACCUUCCGUGACCUGCCGUGACCUGCCGUGACCUGCUGUGACCUGCCCUGGGGGACACCAUGGCCUCCCCUGUGCAGUGCGCUACCACCAGGGCCGUGUUGGGAGGUGCUAGGACCAAUGGCUGCGCAGAUAAUGAGGCUCCGAGAGUGCCGAGGUGCCCCCAGAGUGCCAUACAGUGCUGCCGCUGCAUCCUGCCUUGCCAGCGCAGUGCCAGGGCCUCGGUGCAGCCUGUGCCCUGCUGUCCACACGCCUGCAGGCCGCCGCGGAGGCCAGGCAGGAUGAGGUGCUGAGGGAGAAGGCAGGGCAGGUCAGGGGUCGCCUUAAAGAGGUCGUCAACGCGCUGGCAGUGUGCUCCCUAGACUUGCAGCAGAGAGAGGGAGAGGGGCUAGAGGAGGCAUGGGGGGGGGUGUUACAGUCCCUGGAGGAGCUGCUGGAGGAGGUGACCUUGGCGCUGGUGGUGUGGGAGGGUGCCAGUGCCAGGGAGGUCACUGCUGCCGCCACACACCUGCGCACUCACCUCACACACCUGCAGGCACUCACACACCUGUCAGCUUUGCCGGAGGUCUUUCAGGCCACCACCACCACCACCACCACCCUGCUACACCACCUGCACCACCACAGACAGCACCAGUGCCACGCCAGCAGGAGAGACGCGAUGUGGCACUGUGGGCACCAACUGGCACUGGCUCUUCAACUGUUGGGUCAUUCCAUAGUCAGUGCUGUGUCUCUGUCAACUGUCAUGGAGGUCAGGGCCUGUGUGUCCCUGCCCUGCGAGAGAUUAGGUCAAUUACUGGAUGACCUGACCUCUCUCCUUGACCCAGCCUCCACCCUGCCUGACCUCCACCAGCCUGACUCAUUCACAAAGCAGGUCGACGCAGUGCUGGAGGUGCUUGACGGACGCGACACAGAGGAGAGAGGGAGUGGGGUGGGCCAGAGAGUGAAAAUAUUGUUGGAAAAUAUUCUAAAACAUUCUCUGACGAUUGCUCAGUGCGGUGGUGGUGGUGGUGGUGGUAGCGGCAGUGGUGGUGGUGGUGGUGGUGGUCAGCCGUCGCCUCUAAUCAUGUCCCUUGCUGAUAAGGUAAUAAAGAAAUUAAAAGAUUUGAUAAACACUGAAACCACCACCACCACCACCUCCACCUCCACCACCACCACCACCACUACCAAGGGUGGAUACAGUAAGGUGGAUGAGCAGGUGGCAAGAGAGAGGCUAGGGGAGAGUGUGGAGCAGUUAGAAGAGGCUGUCAACACCUGUAUGAUAACUCUAAUUGUCCAGACAUUUGCAGCCCCCCUGGCCCCCCUCCACUCUCUUCUGGCUUCCGUCGAACAAGCGGAAGGCAAGUGGAUGCAAACGCAGGUGGAUGAAGCUAUACAAGCAUUUGACUUCCACACUGAUGAGAUUUUCCAAACGGCCGGUCUUGCUAUGGCCUGUACAUCUAACCGAAGAAGCCAGAGGUACAUACAAACAUAUCUAUCAACUCUCGAAUGGCUUGAAGGCGUUUUAAUCCCAGCAAUCCAAACGCACACAAACACACACGUGCGCACACACACACACGCACUCACCAAGCACUGGAGCCGGGUGGUGGAGGGCCUGAAGCAGUGUUUGGAUGACAUGGUAGACCCGGCUGCGUUUGUUUUGGUGACGACAAGGGAGGUGCAGAAGACCUGGGCAGUGAUUAAAGACAGCUUGUACACUCCCAAUAUAAUCUGGCUCCAGGGAAAAGUGCAGAUCAUUCUAAACCUUACUCAAAAUAUUCUCUCUCUUUCUUCUACUUCUUCUACUUCUUCUUCUUCUUCUUCUUCUUGGAUGCCAGAUUAUGUGGAGCAAGAUUUGAAGUGUGCGGUGAGAGAGGUCCGGGGCGCCCUAGGGAGAGUGAGGGCCUCCCCCAGCACCCUCUCCCACCACCGCAGCCUCCUCAAACGCGUCCAGCUCACUCUCACUCUCCUCUCCCGGCUGUCCACCUCUCUCGAGUCAGCGGCCUGCUCGGACACUGCCGUUAGCCGCUGUGGUGGUGGUGGUGGUGAUGGUGGUGGUGGUGGUGGUGGUCUGACAGAGGAGGAGAAGCAUCACUUAGUCACCUCAAACAUUGCCAGCCUGCCCGUGGACUCUCCCAGCACCCCCUCGUCCACUCCCACUCCCCCACCCCCUGCCAGGCUCGGGGAGGGCCGGGGGAGACUGGGCAUCUCUGGCCUUGGCCCCACCACAGACACCCUCCCCUGUGACACGACCUUGGAGAUCUCCCGGUACCUCUCUCGCUCCUCCACAGUUCUCUCCUCCAUGCGCGGGUCACGGCAAAAUUUCUCCCUCAAGGUGAGGGAGAUUAACCUUGAUCUGGAGGGAGCCUUGGAGGGGGUCCGUGCUCCCCUCCCCCAUCACCCCCCACCCCCAAGGACAAAGAAAUGGAAAAGAAGAAGGAAGAGAAGAAGGAAAAAGAAGAGGAGGAGGAGGAGGAGGAGGAGGAGGAGGAAACAGGACUAGAAGAAGUUUCUAAUUUAAUUAAUAGAGAGGGGACACCACCCCCCUCUCUUCCUCCCCACUCUGGAUCCCCCCACCCCUGAAGAGGAGCUAUCUGCAAUUCUAGAGUCUCUCACUUCCCUCAUCGGUGACCUGAGUGCCCUCCCAGCCUCUCCCAAGCCCAGCCUCUCAUCCCUUGCUGCAAAAACCGAAGAUACCCAUGGACUAAAACCUGAGAAGUCGCCCCUGAAAAUCACAGAAAACGGAUGCUGGAACCAGACCCCAGGGGCACUUCAAGGGAAACCCAAUGGCCCUGGCGAACCCUUAGGGCCUUCUAGGGACACAUGCACUACACCUGGAGAACCCUGGGGGAGGAUAAAAGGCGUGGCAGGGGUAGAGAAAACGCCACUUCAAGGGGUAACUCUUCAAAAUGCAUCUUUCUCCCCUCACUUCCCAGAAAUUUAUGAUAAUGAUGUUUUUCCUUCAUUUGAGGAAGAGGAGGGGAGGAGAGGAGGAGGAGGAGGAGCUGAAGGAUUCCUGGAGGAGGUUUGGAAGGACUUCACUGCAAUCCUUCAAGCUAGCAGUCCAAAUUUAGUAGUAAAAAAAGAAAGCGAGGAGGAGGAGGAGGAGGAGAAGGGAAAGAACAGUUUAGUCCCCCAUCAAUUUGGAAAACCACGUGAAUUUGGAGGAAAGGGAGGGAAGGAGAUGGAGGAGGAGGAGGAGAGGAAGGCCAGGAAGAAGGAAGAAGGAGGAGGAGGUAAGAGAAGUGAAGGAAAUAAGGAAAAAAGUAAGAAUUAUGAGAAAGAAAAUGGGUCCUUAAGUUUUACAGAUAAUUUCACUGGCCUUAACUCUUCCUCCUCUUCCUCCUUAAGUGACACACCCUUCUUCCCUCCCUCCUCCUCCUCCUCCUCCUCCUCCUCCUCCUCCUCCUGCAACAUUACAAUCUCUCAACGACUUCAAGACAUACAGACAGUCAGCCAGAGAAUAAAGGUUGUUAUGUCUGGUAAACUGUAGUCUCUCUCUCUCUCUCUCUCUCUCUCUCUCUCUCUCUCUCUCUCUCUCUCUCUCUCUCUCUCUCUCUCUCUCUCUCUCUCUCUCUCUCUC